AUGCAAGACCCAACGAAACAUAAGAUUACAAAAUACAAGACCCAACAAAAUACAGCACCCAACAAAGUAAAAUCUAAUAGUACAAGACAUGAUAAAGCAAGACUCAAUGAACAAGACCCAACAAAAUCAAACCCGACGAAGCAAGACCCAACAAAAUCAAACCCUAUAAAGCAAGACCCAAUGAAACCUGAUGAAGCAAGAUCCAAUAAAGUAAAGCCCAAAGAAGACCUA